CCAGCGCUGUACGCGGUGAAGGUGCGCGCCGAGGCCAUGCAGAAGGCGGCCGAGGCUGUUCCCAGCGGGAUGCUCUCGGUUAUGGGCCGGCCAGAGGCGAAUUACAAAUUUGCCUGCCUGGAAGCCCGCAAACACUGCGAGUCGCUGGGCAUUGAGAACCCCGUGUGCACGGUCUCCAACUACUUGUUCCCGGACAGCAGAGUCAUUGCAGGACACUUACAGGCUUUGGAGUAUUUGCAGCAGAAUGCCCGAAAAUACCAUUUUACCCGUACAAAAAUGCUCCCAGUCAGUGGGGCUUUUCAUACCAGACUUAUGGAACCAGCAGUAGAGCCUUUGGCCGAAGUCCUGAAAUCCAUCGAGAUCCAGAAGCCGCUGCUGUGUGUGUAUUCCAACGUGGAUGGCCGAAAGUACAUGCACUCCAAGCACAUCAGGAAGCUGUUAGUGAAGCAGGUGGUGUCACCUGUGUUGUGGGAACAGACCAUGCAUUCGGUGUACGAAAGGAAACAAGGAACAGAAUUCCCUUACACCUACGAGGUGGGGCCUGGGAAUCAACUGGGAGCCAUUCUCAGAAAAUGUAAUUUAAAGGCCUGGAAACAAUAUAAACACGUGGAUGCUCUGGAAGAUGAGGAAGCAGCAGAGACUUAAGUGACCUUUUGAAAAAAAUCCACGCAACUUGGGUUUUAUUUCUGGUUUAAAACUCUGUGCUCCCAAGAGAAGAAGUCUUAAACGUUCGUGGCUUCUCCUGAUGAAAAGAGCACCGUGUGCUUCAUUGCAAUGAACGUUUUCCUUCUCUGAGUGCCUCAGGUGUGGAAGGGGAGAGCAGAGUUUGGCUCUUCCAUCUGUGUUGGGACUGCAAAGCUGUCAGCAAACAGGCCAAAUAACAUUGUUUGGCCUCCAUCCUGCAAGCAUCUUUCCCUCUCUUUUUUUUUUUCCUUUUUUUUUUUACCUUUUAUUUUUUCUUUUCCAAUACCUUUUUUUUUUUUUUGCAUGGAUUCCAGUUAAAGUUGGUGGCCUUGGCUGUCUGGUGCAGGGAUCUUCUGCAUGAAUACAGGGGUGGAAAUGAGCUGAGUUGUGGAGGGCUCUCUCUGGGCUCGAGGGUGCAUUUAGAGGAUCCACCUGGUUGAUGUUCCUGUUUUGCAGCUCACCUGACUUGUGGGAUGUUCAUCUAUGUAAAAUCCUUUCAUUUUGUUCCCAUAUUUCCAGGCAGCAGCCGAGUAAUGCAGAUGUUAUUAGGAACGUGAUUUUCUUAAGGUUAAACUAUCAAUAAACUACGAAGCUUUUCUUGCUCUUUUCAA